CGACAGGUACACCUAUUGUGGGCGUGGUUUAUGUUACCUUUGGUGUGUAAGGAAGAGGUCGGUCUAAGUGUUUCAAUAUUCCCAGCUCGCGACGAUACAGGAAGACCCACUGACAUUUGGAUUUAACCAUUUAACAACGUGCUACUAUACUUUUUAAAUAAAGACUAAGAUACAAAUCCAAGAUUUAUAACUUUGCAACACUCGUGGGAAGGUGAACCUGAUCCUGUCGGACUUCAGUUGGAGCGCUUUUGGAAGAUGCAUUCCGCCAGAUAUGAAUACGACGGCCGCAAUGGCCAUGACCAGCGGAUUGACUUCCUAACCAACAAAGAGAAGGUGUCAUCAAAGCGGAAGCUCGGCAUCCUGAUCGGAGUCCUUAUGGGGCUUUUCAUUCUUGCCGCCAUUGCAGCAGUCCUGAUUUGGCUGUUUGUCUUUAAAGAGGCUGAUUCAGAAGCCACUUUAGGUAUGCGGCUCAGCCCAUCGGUGCAGGUCUUCAGUGGGCACAUGAAGUUGGCUGACGUACAGUAUAACCAGAAACUGGAGAAUACCGACAGCAAGGAAUUCAAGGAAAUGGCCGACAACCUGGAGGCAGUACUAAAUGAAAACUACAAGAAAGACAAGCUCCUCGGAAAAUACUACACCAAGUCUGUGGUCACUGCAUUCAGUGAGGGUGUGAUCGCCUACUAUUGGUCCCAGUUUGAUAUUCCAGUUGAAGACCUGGAGACCGUGCCGGAGUUCUCAGAGGAGCGGGUGUUGGAGAUACUGGAGAAUGGCAUGAAGGAGCAGCGCAGCAUGGCGAACCCAAAAUAUAUCAAGAUCAGUGAAGUCACUGCCUCAUUCACAGAUCCUCGCAUGGCCAGGAACCCCAGAGCCAAGGAGUGUUUCUUCCGUCUGGAGGCUACAGAAAAGAAACAAAGUUUUACAUCACCAGGCUACCCUGUACACUACCCCGCCAGGUCUCGGUGUCAGUGGCAAAUCCGAGCUUCUGAGAACCACGCCAUAUCAGUUUCUUUCCCUUUUUUCCACGUUGAGGAUGACUGCUCUGAUGACUUUGUCUCCAUCUAUGACUCUUUGAGUCCAGAUGAUUCUCAGGCCAUCACAGAGAAGUGUGGUCAGAGGCCCCCCUCCAACCGUCUGCAGGUGUUGUCAUCCGGCAACAUCAUGCUGAUUAAUUUGAUUACUGACAGUGCUGUCCAAAGGCCCGGCUUUCUGGCCGAGUAUAUGGCCAUCCCCAGUUCUAAAGUUAGAACCUGUGGUGGCAAGCUUACUGAAAAACAAGGAGUCUUCACCUCCCCACUCUACCCCAGCUUCUAUCCUCCUGCAGUGGACUGCAAGUGGACCAUCAAGGUCCCUGUUGGGAACAAGGUGCGGCUGAAGUUCACCAUGUUCCGUAUGAAAGAGCCUGGGGUGGACAUCAGGGUGUGUCACAAAGACUAUGUGGAGGUUUUAGGCACCAAGUAUUGCGGAGAAAUGUCUUCUUUGGCUAUGACCAGCAGCACCGACUUCCUAGAUGUAAGCUUCCACUCCGACGAGUCCUUCACUGACAAAGGCUUCAGCGCCGAGUACAGUGCUUACGAUCCCAAAAACCCUUGCCCCAACAAGUUUGCCUGCGCCUCUGGCAUCUGCAUCGCAGAAGACCUGAAGUGUGAUGGCUGGAACGACUGCGGUGAUAUGAGCGACGAGAGGAAGUGCCAGUGUGAGAAGGAUCAGUUUAGUUGUGCCAAUGGCCUGUGCAAACCGAAACUCUGGGUGUGCGAUCGCGUCGACGACUGCGGAGACGGGAGCGAUGAGGAAAGUUGCAGUUGUGAGGAGAGUGAGUGGCGCUGUGGUGACGGGGUUUGUAUGCCUCAGGAUGUUGUGUGUGACAAGAAGAAGGACUGUGAAGAUGGGAGCGACGAGGCCUCUUGUAAAGUCUCUCCAGGCAUCUGCUCUGACUUCAGCUUCAAGUGUAAGAACAAGGAAUGUGUCAACAAGUUGAAUGCCGAAUGUGACCGCGUCAGCGACUGCAAUGAUAAAUCCGACGAGGACAGCUGCGCUUGUGGCACCAGGCCCUAUAAGCUGAGCCGCAUCGUAGGAGGGCAGAACGCUGCCGUGGGGGAAUGGCCCUGGCAGGUCAGUCUUCACUUCCAGACCUAUGGGCAUGUGUGUGGUGCCUCAAUCAUAUCUGACAAGUGGAUUCUUUCGGCCGCCCACUGCUUUGCCACCAGCAGCCCAGAGAACCAUGUUGCAUCUAACUGGCAAGCCUAUAGUGGCAUGCAGGAUCAGUUCAAGUAUGAUGACGUACAGCACCGAGCAGUGAAGAAAAUUAUCACCCACCCGGAUUACAACCAGAUGACCUUUGACUAUGACAUUGCACUGCUGGAGCUCGGCAAGCCGCUGGAGUUCACCAACACCAUCCAACCCAUCUGCCUACCCGCUCCAUCCCACAUCUUCCCUGCAGGCAUGUCCUGCUGGGUCACAGGCUGGGGCGCGCUCCGAGAAGGAGGUUCAAAGGCACAGGUGCUGCAGAAGGCGAUGGUGAAAAUCAUCAACGACACAGUUUGUGACGUCGUCACGGAGGGCCAAGUCACCUCCAGGAUGCUCUGCAGUGGAUUCUUGGCUGGAGGAGUUGAUGCAUGCCAGGGAGACUCCGGAGGCCCCAUGGUGUGUUUCGAGGAGAGUGGGAAGUGGUUCCAGGCCGGCAUUGUGAGCUGGGGUGAGGGCUGCGCUCGUCGGAACAAGCCUGGUGUCUACUCGCGCGUCUCCAAACUGAUAAACUGGAUCAAGAAGGAGACAGGGAUUUGAUAAGAUCGGUAGAAACAGGAAAGGGAUGCAGAACGGGGAAUAACAUCAUAGUGCUAAAAAUAAUUGAGAUGGAACAUUUGAGUCUGAUUCAGGACAAGUCUCUCCAAGAUGUAUUCAUCUGGCAGCAGACUGAGAAUACUGUUGCAUGGACCCAACUACUCACAUGGAUGACUUGAAGCACUUUAUUCGGUUACACACACACACACACACACACACACACACACACACACACACACACACACACACACACACACACACACACACAUCUACACAUUGAACAAGUUUUUAAAAAUGUAAAUUGUGCUUUUAAGCCUUAGUAUUGUGUAACAGGUGAGAAGCCUUCAUCCUCUUGUUGAACUUUGCCAGUGGGCUCAUGCUGGAAAUAGCUAUACAUUUUGGGUUUCAUUUAUCAAAUAUCUUAAAGGACUAUAACUCUUGUUUUAGCCUAUUUGUUUCAAAUACAUUAUACAAAUACUUAUACAUUAUUUUUGACCAUUUUCUAAAGCAUAGCAUAGGUUUUCAGAUUGAUUAAACCAUUGUAUCUACCUAUCUGCCAGGCAGCCAUUAGUCAUUAGUUUUUAUCAGUAAAGUUUAAACAUUAACUUGUCGCGACAUCUGCAUUACCGUGUGAUCAUAACAGAAGUUAAGAGGAAACACAAAAGAACAAGAAAAUGACUCAUCAUGUUGCGCAAGUCCAUACAGGGGCAUUUUCAUAUUCUACUAAAAAGCCCACAACAGUCAUGUUUAGUAUAACAGAUUUGUAGUCUGUGGGCAAAACACCAGCGUGGUCCCUGAAGGAUGUUCAUCCGAGUUGAUCUGGAGUGAAGCUUGAGUUGUUUUUAGUUGUUGUGGAUCUGAACAGGGGACCUAGAUCAGUAUUUCUAUAACAUAUUUAGUGAUGCUUACUGGCCUUGCCUGGUCUGUGAAUGGUUUGCCAAAAUGUGAUAUUCAAAAAGGGGGGGGGACCAGAGGAUGAGGAUUAGAUCCGGUUGGACAGGUCUCGCUCAGGGUGACUGGGGUCUUCAGUCCCACACACCUGAGAGACGAAGCAAUUCACCAUUUUGCCAGUGCAAUGCAAGAAGUUCCUCUCUUUGGUCAUGAUCAACUCGUUCAACCUUUUUUAAAUCUAAGAUUUGACUGGAUUCUUUUUUUUUUAUUCGAUUUGCCCUGAUAUCCGCCUUAUCCUGGAAAUAUUGUAUACUGCAAUCCAAAGAUUUGCAAACAUAUUAUUUAUUGAAGGGGAAAAUAAUUAAGAAGAAAUAAGUGUUAAGGAUAUUGCUCGGCAGACCUUUUUUUAAAUUAAUUCCAUAGAGCCUUACAGUGAAACUAUGCAAGCGUAAAUGUGUAUUUCCAGAGAGUAGGGAGAAUCCACAACUAUUAGAUAUUUUUUAUAUAUUUUCAUGAGCAUUGUACAGUGUGAUUUGGAAUAUGGACAUACUUUAUAACCUUUCUUUGUCUGUGUGUUUGUCUGUUUUUAUACGAAAGAGUCGUAGAAAUAAACAUCUUUUAUCUGA